ACGUCCGGUCGUGGGCGGAAGUCUUUCGCUAGCGGACCCGGAAGUAGCUGAAGACCGGGCGAUGGCCAGUCUGGAGGUUUCGCUCGCGGUCGGACUCGAGGCUACGGUGCCCCCGCGGUAGAGCGAGUCUGAGUGGCGGGCUUCCGGGUGCUCAGGCAUGGAGGGGUCUAAGGCGUCCAGCAGCACCAUGCAGGUGAGCUUCGUGUGCCAACGCUGCAGCCAGCCUCUGAAACUCGACACGAGCUUCAAGAUCCUGGACCGGGUCACCAUCCAGGAACUCACAGCUCCAUUACUUACCACAACCCAGGCGAAACCAGGAGAGACCCAGGAGGAAGAGGCUAACUCAGGAGAGGAGCCAUUUAUUGAAACCCGACAGGAUGGUGUCUCUCGCAGAUUCAUCCCCCCAGCCAGGAUGAUGUCUACAGAAAGUGCUAACAGCUUCACUCUGAUCGGGGAGGCAUCUGAUGGUGGCACCAUGGAGAACCUCAGCCGAAGACUCAAGGUCACUGGGGACCUUUUUGACAUCAUGUCGGGCCAGACAGAUGUGGAUCACCCACUGUGUGAGGAAUGCACUGAUACUCUUUUAGACCAGCUGGACACUCAGCUCAAUGUCACUGAAAAUGAGUGUCAGAACUACAAGCGCUGUUUGGAAAUCCUGGAGCAAAUGAAUGAGGAUGACACUGAGCAGCUACAGAGGGAGCUGAAAGAGCUGGCAUUAGAGGAAGAGAGGCUGAUCCAGGAGCUGGAAGAUGUGGAAAAGAACCGCAAGGUAGUGGCAGAAAACCUGGAGAAGGUCCAGGCUGAGUCCGAGAGACUGGAUCAGGAGGAAGCUCAGUAUCAAAGGGAAUAUAGUGAAUUUAAAAGGCAACAGCUAGAGCUGGAUGAUGAGCUGAAGAGUGUAGAAAACCAGAUGCGGUAUGCCCAGAUGCAGCUGGACAAGCUGAAGAAAACCAACGUCUUUAAUGCGACCUUCCAUAUCUGGCACAGUGGACAGUUUGGCACAAUUAAUAACUUCAGACUGGGUCGCUUGCCCAGUGUUCCUGUGGAAUGGAAUGAGAUCAAUGCUGCUUGGGGCCAGACAGUGUUGCUGCUCCAUGCCCUGGCCAAUAAGAUGGGUCUGAAAUUUCAGAGGUACCGGCUUGUUCCCUAUGGAAAUCAUUCAUAUCUGGAGUCUCUGACAGACAAAUCUAAGGAGUUGCCCUUAUACUGUUCUGGAGGACUGCGGUUCUUCUGGGACAACAAGUUUGACCAUGCAAUGGUAGCUUUCCUGGACUGUGUGCAGCAGUUCAAAGAAGAGGUGGAGAAAGGCGAGACACGAUUUUGUCUUCCUUACAGGAUGGAUGUGGAGAAAGGCAAGAUUGAAGACACUGGAGGCAGUGGUGGCUCCUAUUCUAUCAAAACCCAGUUUAACUCUGAGGAACAGUGGACGAAAGCUCUUAAGUUCAUGCUCACAAAUCUUAAGUGGGGUCUUGCCUGGGUAUCUUCACAAUUUUAUAACAAAUGACUUUCCUUAUUCCUUAGGGGCAUGUUUGCCUUUAAGGUUUUAAAUUUUGUUUUGUUUGAAAAAAUGCUUUAAAUUAAAUUUGGGUAAUAUUAAACCACAUGUUUACAAUACCAAAAGAGACAAAAGCCACUUUAUUUUAAAAUAUCAGAUGACAGAUAGCUUCCAGAGCCACAACACAUGUAUAGCUAGCAGCCUUUGUUACAGUUCUGACUCUUAACCCUAUGCCUCCCCUCUCUCCUGAAAACAACUAAUUUGAAUUUGCUUUGUUUUUUUUUUAAGUCAGUUGAAUUGACAUUGAUAUGUUUUCACUAGAUUUUUAUCACUCUCAACUUUCUGCAUUUAAAAUAUGAAACAGAAAGUUAUGAGAUAAUGUUUGAGACACACAGUUGGAUAACAUGGGAAAUGACAUGGAAGCUCUGCCUGGUCACCAUGUAGUAGGAUCAGAAGCUGGAAAUUUAACUUUCUCACUCAGUCUAGUAUUGACUGCCUCCUCUGCUAUGUGGUAGAGUUUUGAAGUGGUGUUUGAUACCGUUUGAGACAUGGAGAGAUUUAAUUAUUUGUAAUAAAAGAUUUGCUACAGUCUGUUAAUUAC